GAUCUGGGCGAGGGGCGGACGCCAUUGUGCUUCUCUGUGGAGUGCUCUGGUUUAUUUAGGGGCCUUGAUCUCCGAGGAAGAAGGCGGUGGUCGCUUCGAGGAGGACGCGCCCUGUACAGUGCCAGCUCGGGAGCAGGGGAAACCUCAAGAAUGGAUUCUAAACCGUCAAGGAUUCCAAGAAGAAUUUCAGUCCAACCCCCCACCUCUUUAAGUGCUAGGAUGAUGUCUGGAAGUAGAGGGAAUAAUUUAAAUGAUACCUAUCACUCAAGAGACUCUUCAUUUAGACUGGAUUCUGAAUAUCAGUCUACAUCAGCAUCAGCAUCUGCAUCACCAUUUCAGUUUACAUGGUAUAGUGAAUCUGAGAUAACUCAGGGAGCACGAUCAAGAUCACAAAACCAGCAACGGGAUCAUGAUUCAAAAAGACCUAAACUUUCCUGCACAAACUGUACAUCUACCUCAGUUGGGAGAAAUAUUGGACAUGGUUUAAAUGCAGUGUCAGAUUCUUCGUGGAGACAUAAUCAGGUUCCCAGAUCUUCAUCAAUGGUACUUGGAUCAUUUGGAACUGACUUAAUGAGAGAGAGAAGAGAUUUAGAGAGAAGAGCAGAUUCUUCCAUUAGUAAUCUUAUGGAUUAUAGUCACCGAAGUGGUGAUUUCACAGCUUCGUCCUAUGUUCAAGACAGAGUUCCUUCUUCAUAUUCACAGGGAGCAAGACCAAAAGAUCACUGGAGCACUUUACAGUUGAAUACAUCAUCUACAAACCACCAAAUGCCUUCUGAACAUCAGACCAUACCAUGUUCUAGGGACUCUAGUAGAAAUUCUCUAAGAUCAAAUUUUUCUCCAAGAGAAUUGGAAUCUCCCCAAAGCAGUACACAACCUGGAUUUUCUUAUAUUUCAAAUAGAGAUGAAACUUCAACCAUAAGCAGUUCAGAUAGGGUUGGUUCAUCUCAAAGAUCAUUUCAAGAAUCUUCUGACAAUGAAGGUAGACGUUCAACCAGGAGAUUGCUGUUGCGUAUAGCUUCUAGUAUGUCAUCUACCUUUUUUUCACGAAGAUCUAGCCAGGAUUCCUUGAAUACAAGAUCGUUGAGUUCUGAAAAUUCCUAUGUGUCUCCAAGAAUCUUGACAGCUUCACAGUCUCGUAGCAAUGCAGCAUCAUCUUCUGAUGUCCCCGAUAAUAGGGCAUCUGAAGCUUCUCAGGGAUUUCGAUUUCUUAGGCGAAGAUGGGGUUUGUCCUCUCUUAGCCAAAAUCAUAGCUCUGAGCCACAUUCAGAAAAUUUUAACCAGGAACCUGAAGGUAGAAAUACAGGACCAUGGUUAUCUUCCUCACUUAGAAAUAGAUGCACACCUUUGUUCUCUAGAAGGAGACGAGAGGGACGAGAUGAAUCUUCAAGGAUACCUACCUCUGAUAUACCACCUAGAUCUCAUCAUAUGUUUAGAAGAGAAUCAAAUGAAGUGGUUCACCUUGAAGCACAGAGUGAUCCUGUUGGGGCUACUGCCAGCAGAUCACAGGCAUCUGCAGCUUCGAGUAAUGCUGCUACUGGUGGCUCCACAUCAGAUUCAGCCCACAGUGGAAGAAAUACAGGAAUAACAGGGAUCCUUCCUGGUUCCUUAUUUCGAUUUGCAGUCCCCCCAGCACUUGGAAAUAAUUUAACCAACAAUGUCAUGAUCACUGUAGAUAUUAUUCCUUCAGGUUGGAGUUCUUCUGAUGGAAAAAGUGAUAAAACUAAAAGUGCACCUUCAAGAGACCCAGAAAGACUGCAGAAAAUAAAAGAGAGCCUCCUUUUAGAGGAUUCUGAAGAAGAAGAAGGUGACUUAUGUAGAAUUUGUCAGAUGGCAGCUGCAUCAUCAUCUAACUUGUUGAUAGAGCCAUGCAAGUGCACAGGAAGUUUGCAGUAUGUCCACCAAGAGUGUAUGAAAAAGUGGUUACAGGCCAAAAUUAACUCUGGUUCUUCCUUAGAGGCCGUAACCACCUGUGAACUCUGUAAAGAGAAGUUGCAGCUUAACCUGGAGGAUUUUUAUAUUCAUGAACUACAUAGAGCUCAUGCAAAUGAACAAGCUGAGUAUGAGUUUAUCAGCUCUGGUCUCUACCUAGUUGUGUUAUUGCACUUGUGCGAACAAAGCUUUUCUGAUAUGAUGGGAAAUACAAAUGAACCAAGCACGCGUGUCCGAUUUAUUAACCUUGCAAGAACUCUUCAGGCACAUAUGGAAGAUCUCGAAACUUCAGAGGAUGAUUCCGAAGAAGAUGGAGACCAUAACAGAACAUUUGAUAUUGCCUAACUUCAUAUAAGACAAAUGGAUGAUCUGUGAACAAGUGUUUAUUAAAAGUGGCAAUUAAGUAUGAAUUAAUUUUGUGGGGGAAUGCCUAUUGAAUACAUUGACUAUAUAUAUAUAUAUACACACACGUGUGUAUAUAUAUUUAUAAUGACUAUAUAUACACACACACAGAUGUCCUGUGUGUGUGUGUGUGUGUGUAUUCAUUCUCAAGUAUUGUUGGAUUAAAAUUUUGCUGGACCUUUUAACAUGGCCAGUGAAUCUGAUGUUUGUAAACUGGUAAUCAAAAAGUAUUUUUCUUUUAGGUGAGUGGGAAAGUGUUUCCCUUGUUUUAGAUAUCUAAGCAAUGCUGACGAUUCUUUUUUGUGUUCGGAUUACUGUAGUCAUAUUUAUUAAAAAAAAAAAGGUUCAUGUUUUAGUCUCUUGCUAGUGAAAAAAGUGGGACAAAAUGGGCUUUUGAAAUAAAAUGGCAAAUGGCACCUAAUUAUUUUUCUUUUCAAAAUGCCUUCUGUUGCAGUCUCAUUUUCAUAAUCAUUUGCUUCCAGUGUUUCUAAAAAAUCAAUUGGGGAAUAAGGUAUGAAAGCAUUAUAUUAGGUUUCCAAAUUUAAUAUGAAUUCUAAAUUCAUUUAGCAAUAAAAUCUAAUUUUUAAAAAGUAUAUAAAUAUGAAAUAUAAAUGAUGAAUAAAUUUUUGUACUGAUUUGCAAAAUGCAGAUUAUAUUUGAUAGGCCAUAGUAUGUAGAUAUUCCUUUUAGGAAUAUUUCAGCUGUAAAAUAUAUCAGAAUUGCCCGUCAAAUGUUAUUUGGAAAAAAUUAUUGCACUCUCAAGUUAAUGGAGUAUUUUUAAAUCCCACACUUAAAGUUCAAAACACUGGUUUUCAAUGUGUUUUUUAGUGUUGUCACUUCUUUAUAGAUAAAUAUAUAAGUAACCUGUUUGGAUCCUGGUCGUUUUUAACUGUUCCUUGGUAAUUCUGAGCUUUUAUUUAGUGACUUAAUGUUUUUCACUACUUUUGGAGAACAGAUAAACAUUACCUAUUCACCAUGAAUAGCUCUACACUGUGGUCAUGAAUUGUGUAUACUUUCAUAACACUGUAUAUUUCCUGUCAACAAGUGUAUCUCUUAAGAUACACUUCUAAACACCUUCAGGUGGUUUUCAGAUUAAAUAAAGUCUUAUGUUACGGCAACGAACUACAUUUUCAGAACCUAAGUAGAAACCAUGUAAUUUCUCAAACGUGAAUCAGCAGUUUGCCCACACAUAGUUUGUUGGUCUUAAGACAAUGUAAAACCUUGGCUGGAAAUAAAGUGCAUACUGAUUGAUUUA